AUGCCGUCAGUUGCUUUAGAAGGAGACGUUGCUCACGCACCCCCCGUAUUUGCAGCCAUGAGUGAUCGGAGGCCCAACGUGAAAUUUGCCGACAUUAACGAGGAGAUGCAGGAUGACGCCCUGAGCGUGGCCGCAAAAGCUAUUAAGGAGCACCAGAUGGAGAAGGACAUUGCCGCUCACAUAAAAAAGGAAUUUGAUAAACGCCACAGCCCCACAUGGCAGUGUAUAGCUGGUCGAAACUUUGCUGCCGACGUUGUUCACGAGAGCAAGCACUUUAUUUACUUUUACGUUGGUCAGAUUUCAAUUCUGUUGUGGAAGACAGGCUGA